GCCCGCAGCGUCGAACGCUUCAAUCAGUUUCAAUCCGACGGUAGCAGUGGUUGCACGUUCCGUUUCACAAAAACUAUUAUGCUCACACCGUUUUAAUAUCAUGACAUAAAAUUUGUUCCAAAUACAAAUACUUUAUACGCAAUAAAACUCUUUGUUGGUGUAUAUCGAUCUUGUUUGCUGUGUCAACAAUGCCGGCGGAAGCGGAAACAAGAAUCGUGCUGCGAGAUGUUACACCCGAGAUUUCACAACACAUGCUCACGGAUCUGGAGAAGUUACCAGGAGUGCAGCUUGGCGACUUCCUUCUACAGUUCGAGCUGGACGAGCCACGAGAGUCGGUUCGGGAGAUAGCCAGGACGGAACUCAGAGAGACUCCAGAAGUGGUCAAACCAGCCAUUGAAGAGUUAAGAAGGCUACUUCAAGAGGAUAAAGAUCUUCGUGUUCCUCUAGACAGCGAAGCAUGGAUGAUUAGAUUCCUAAGACCUUGCAAGUUUUAUCCAGAGAGCUCUUAUGAUUUGAUUAAACGGUACUACGGGUUCAAAGUGAAACACCACAAACACUACGAUGGAUUAAUACCUAGCAAGGAAACUAAUGUAUUCAACCAGAAUGUGUUGACGGUGUUGCCAACCCGCGACCAGUACGGCCGGCGGGUACUCGUCCUAGAAUUAGGCAAAAAAUGGAAACACAACAAAUGCUCCCUGGACGAAGUGUUCAAAGGCUGCGUGCUGUUUCUGGAGGCGGCCAUGUUGGAGCCGGAGACGCAGAUCUGCGGCGCCGUGGUCAUUUUCGACAUGGAUGGCCUGGCCAUGCAGCAGGUCAUGCAGUUCACGCCGCCUUUCGCUAAGAGAAUCGUUGAUUGGUUACAGGAAUGCAUACCGCUCCGAAUAAAAGGGUUGUAUAUUAUCAACCAGCCCUACAUAUUCAAUAUGGUGUUCCAAAUCUUCAAGCCGUUCUUGAAGGAGAAGCUCCGUUCCCGCAUCAUAUUUAUGGGCAACGAUCGAGAUUUACUGCAUAAACACAUCAGUCCGAAAUGCCUGCCGGAAUCUUACGGUGGGACUCUGACCAUCCCUAGCGUGACGGGAGCGCAGUGGUUGGAACUGCUGCUCAUGUGUGAUCGGGAAUUUAUGGCUAUCAACUCUUAUGGAUACAAGAAGAAGUGAUGAUACAAAGAAAUGGUUUGAGAUAAAUUUACUAAACAAUGUGAUAUUGGUAGAUAAUAAAUAGGUUAGGUAUAUAAUAUAUAUAAAAUAAGAAAAGUAGGUAUAAACGUACAAAAUAUUAUAAAUCUGUUUAAGAAAAAUUGAAAAGCUGAAUUAUUUGUGAUAAAAUAUUUUUAAGUGAAACAACUUUGGCCUUCGAUCAUCUCAAAAUGUCAUCGAAUAUCUCAAAAUAUCAUUUGCCACGUGCUUUCAGUUUCUAUCCUGUUAUUUUUACUUAAAGAAAUUACAGUUAGAAACAAUUUGCCUGUAUUUAUUUCUCCUUAGAAGUUCGAACCAUAAUCAUUUAUAAUGUUACGGAAUAAUUUCCACAGUAGCCUGUUGUUUUACUUUUAGGUUAUUUGUAUAUUAUGUAAAGAUUCUAGAAUCGCCUUUGUCUUUCAUACAAUAGGUACAUAAAAAUCUAAACAUUAAACCACUUUAUGUAUAAAA